AUGAAGAAGGCGGCGUAUGGUGCCAGAGUCAACCAGGUGGAGAGAGCAUCAUUCACCCCACUGGUGUUUUCGACCUCGGGUGUGGCGGGCAAGGAAGCCACUAUAUUUCUGAAGUUGCUAGCUGCUUUGGUUGUAGACAGAAACAAAGACUUGCAACAGCUGUUGGUGGCUACAGCAGCAGCUGUCUUGGUGGCUACAGCAGCAGCAGAAGGCAGUGCUGGUUGGGACAGCGGCAGUAGCAGAGGUGCUGGUGGGGACAGUAGCAGAAGGGGAGGUGUGGGUGGCAAAAGCAGCAGCAGCAGCGGUAGUGCUGUAGGCGACAGCAGCAGCAGCAGCAGCGGUUCUGGUGGCUACAGCAGCAAUAGCAGCGGCGGUGGUGACAACAGCAGUAAUAGAGGCAUUGCUGGUGGCGACAGCCGCUGCAGCCGUGAUUUGGUGGUGACAGCAGCAGCAGCAGCAGCAGCGGUAGCGGCAGUGUGGGGCGACAGCAAUAGCGGCAGCGGUGCUGGUGGUGACAACAGCAGCAGUAGAGGCGUUGCUGGUGGCGACAGCCACAGCAGCAGUGGUGACUUCGUGGUGACAGCAGCAGUAGCGGCGGUGCUGGUGGUGACAACAGCAGCAGUAGAGGCGUUGCUGGUGGCGACAGCCACAGCAGCAGCGGUAAUUUGGUGGUGA